GAUCUUAGUGGUGAUGAAAAUGCAAUUGACGACCACAAGGUUUUGUAUUGUUUCCUCAUUCUUUUAGGCUCGUGGCAAUCAAAAUGGCAGUGGAGAUUGGGGCUGAAACAAAUUGUUUCUAGCGCCUCUCCUUUACCUCUUGUCACUUUCAAUCUAUAUAGUGAUCGAAAUAGCAGCCAGCGUGGCAGAAUCCUUGAAAAUAAUGUAUAUAUAUAGAGAGAGAGAGCCUGUCACGAAGGCCGGGUGAAAUCAAUCCAUGUCUACUUGGUUAAUAUACUAUUAAAUAUGCGUUGCCGGCGCGAGUCAAGCCAACCAAAAGCGAAAGAUAGAAAUCGAAAUGGUGGGGGUGUUUGUAUAUACCUUCAAAACUCCAUAAAUUAUCAAACUAGACAUGACCUAAUACCACUAGAUCUAGAAGCUAUAUGCCUUGAAAUAUCCAAGCCAUAUAGCAGACCAUUUGCUGUUGUCUCAGUUUAUAGACCACCUGAUGCAUCAGAUGAUUUUUUUUACCAGUUUUGAAAAUUUAUUGCAAACUAUUGAUAAUGAAAAUAAAGAAAUCCUUAUCCUAGGUGAUCUUAACUGUGACCUACUUAAGCCCAAUCCCAAUCACCCAACAAAUAAAUUAAGGUCUCUUUUCGAAAUUUAUCAAUUAACUUAAAUAAUUGAUGAAGCAACACGAAUUACUGAGACAUCAUCUACACUUAUUGGUCACUUUAUUACAAAUGAACCUGAAAAAAAUUCUAAAUGUGGUGUGAUUCAUACUGGAAUCAGUGAAUACAGUCUCAUUUAUGCCAUUAGGAAGAUUAAUAUAAACCAUAAAGAUAACGAAAAUAUUAUUGAAAUUAGGAAUAUGAAAAACUUCAAUGAAAAUAAGUUCUUGCAUGAUCUUAAAAUCCAAGCAUGCGAGAAUGUCUACUUUUUUUGCAGACAAUCCCAUUCAACAGUUUGUGGAAAAUUUGGAAAGAGCUAGCUAUUUUACAGGUUCUAGAUAAACAUGCCCCUCUUCAAAGUAAAAAGAUAAAAUCUAAAAAACUACCUUGGAUUACUAAUCAUAUUAAACAAAUGAUAAUCACAAGGGAUAAAUUGAAAAGAAGAGCAAUCGUAACGAAACAUGAGUCCGAUUGGAAAAACUAUAAAAGAGCCAGGAAUGAAACAAAUACUCAGUUAAGACUGGCUAAAAAAGAGUAUUACACCAAUAAAAUUUCUUCUGAGAGCCAAAAUCCAAAAGCUGCUUGGAAGACAAUUAAUAGUUUAAUUCGUAAGCAAAAUAGACCUACUAAAGUGGAUGAAUUAAAUAUAAAUAAUGUAAAACUAACAAGCCCUGAAGACAUAGCUGAAAUUGAUACAACUGAAUGA